AACGUUGCAGUUAUUUAGUGUUGUAACGCGGAGUUGACGUCACGCCGCUCCGGGAACAGUUUUUCCUGAUUAUUGAUUGUGUUUUGCAUUGCUAAUUCGUUAAUUAGUGCCCACUUUACAUCUUAGCUCAAGAUGCGAAGUAAGAACAAAUACCCGAUGCGUCUCGGGGAGGCUGUGAACUCCAUGCAGGUGGAAGUUAUUGGCAUGAAGAAGAGACCAAUCGCCAAAUCCAAGAAACGCAAGGGUAGGAAGAGAGCUAAGAAGACCACGACGAAGCCGGCUGCCAAGAAGAAAGACUCACCAUCACCAUCACCACCACCUCAAGUACCACAGGAGCGUGUAAGUAAGCCGCCACCGUUACCGUCGCCUGUAUCUCCAAUGAGAUUGAGAAGCGGGCUAGUCGGUAUGAGAAAUGGGAUUGAACGUCCGGACACUCCAUUCCCUCUCCCGAGCUAUUCAGGCGCACCGCUGGACUUGCGACAGGAACCAUCCUGGGAAUCUUCGUACAACAUGCCCAGCACGUCUUAUAGAGAACAGCGGUCGCCAUUCCUCAAGCCGCCAGAAGUCCCGCCAGUGCGGCGGUCGGGAGUCCGCAUGCGUAUCGACGGAGUGGUGGUGGUGAACCCACCGUCUUCGACAAUAACUUACAUGCAGCAACAACAGCAGUACAGCGCCAGGACCCUGUAUCCCGUCAGAGAAGUACCAAGCGUCUCCCGUGCUAUGGAUGGAUACUACAGCCCACAUGUGAGGGAAUUUGGCAUACCGGAGUCGUCCUACCGUCCGAUGCCAAUAAGGCCACAUAUAAGCCCACCGGUCUACUCGGAUCCAUACUCUGCUCGUCCCUACUACGAGCCUCCGCCUCCGCCUCCGCCGUAUUUCCAACCAAUCAAGUCCGAGGCAGUUUCAUCUAUUUCCAAUUAUGAAAUGCGUACGGCGACGCGUACUCGGUAUCUUCGUGAGAGGACUGAAGUUGGGAGGCCGGCAGAAGUGGAUUCACCUCCUCACAUCAUCAGCCACACGGCGCCUAUGAACAGCGUAUCUAUGGCCCCGCACACCAUUGUAAAGGAACCGAGUCCCGUAGACCCUGUGAUGGAGCCGCGGCAGUCACCUCCAGUAGAGCCAUACUUCAGAGUGCCACAAGUAUCCGCUCUCUCUGUCACUCAGCUGCCGGCGCCUUCCUUCACGCAAAUCAAGCCUUCAACGGUCGCAUUCCUGGAUAUAAACAGCAACGGCACCGCUAGCAACUGCGCCAGUACAUCUACCUGCAGACCUUCAGACCAUCAGCUCAAAGACGAGAGACCUGGCGUACAAAACUACGGUAGUGAAGAAGAAUCAGACGAGCUUGACGUGGAUGGGCCACCUGCCUCAGGCAAAACACCAAAAUAUUUGUAUGGCAUCACUGAAGAUUCACCAACUAUGGACGAAUUUUCUGUGGUCUACGACUGGGUACCACCAAGUCCAAUAACCCAACAACCAACUCCAGAACCAGCACCACGCCCAACUCCCAGGGGAUCAGCAAAAAGAAGAAGGGAGACCGCGAGACGCGUAAAACAAUUUCUGCCAAACGACCUGUUCCAUUUUAUUUGGAAGCCAUUACCACAGUCUUCAUCUUUUAAUGUACGAAGAGAAGUGUUCACCCAGAUCAAUACCGGCCCCACAACCACGUACGACAGCACAUACGACUCGUUUGUAGCCAUCUGGGACAGAGAAUUUAUGGAAAGUAUUGCAGCGGAAACCAACAGAUAUGCUGAGCAGAUGAUGCGCAGGAUGGCUGAUGAAGGUUCCCUUAGCUUGCGAAGCCGAAUUCUGUUUUGGAAAGAAACCAAUGCUGAUGAGCUGUACGUGUUCUUCGCAAUAAUACUGGCCAUGGGUAUCGUAGUAAAAGGGCACAUAGAAGAAUACUGGAGUACUGCCAAGGAUAUAUUUUCAACUCCCUCGUUUUCUACAACGAUGGCUUACAGCCGGUUUCUCCUACUCAAUCGCUGUCUCCAUUUCAUGGACAAUGAAACUUGCGAUCCGAUCAACAUGACCCCCCCUCAAGCCAAACUACUUAAAGUACAACUUCUUGUUGAUCACCUGAACAAGCGAUUCUCAGAACUGUACACACUCGAACAAAACAUUGUUGUAGACAACUUGAUGUCUCAGACUAAACGUCAAUCUUACGUGAAGGAAAAAGAUCACGUAGUAAGUGCCGAAGCUUAUGAGGUGUGUGAGUGUCAGACAGGAUACUUGUGGAGAUUUGACGUCCGCACAGAAUACGACACGUCCCCUGAUGCACAGCAAGCGGGCGACGGGCUGGUACCGAAUACUUUGUCAAAGUUGCUUGAAGGUCUUGAAUACAAGGGCUACACAGUAUGGAUGGAUAAAAACUCUCCGUCUCUUGCUAGAAUACUGAAAUCUAAAGGGUUUGACUGCGUAGGAAAGUUGAAAAUAGGUGAUAAACAUGUACCCAGUGAAAUAACAGCAAUGCAAAGGAGUGGUGUAGCUUUUGGCCAGAUAUCUGGUUAUACAUCUGGAGACGUGGAUCUCAUUGUAAUAGGAGAUCAGAAACGAGUAGCGAUGGUAUCAACAUACCAUGGAACUGGCACGGUGAUCGACAGGAAGAACGAUAAAGUGAAAUCAUCCAUUCUUUAUGAUUACAACAUCAAUAUGGGUGGCAUUGAUAAGAAGGAUCAUGUCGACGCCUCGUGCCCUGAUGAAAAGCGAUCCCAAAUAUGGUAUAAAAAGAUUUUCAAAAGGUUGCUCAACCUUAGUGUGCUGAAUGCCUUUAUAAUGUACAAGUAUACUCAUGAAAAGGAGACUCAGAGGGGAUUCCGUAUGAACCUGAUAAAUUCGCUGUUGAAGCAGCAUCAGCAGUGGAAUGCAGUGCCAACACCGGUAGUGUUCUCCUCUGAAGAAUUUGUUCAUUACGCAGUGGAGAAUAGGUUCCUGCCGAGUGCUAAGCAACGCAUGCGUCGUCACUGCGCGCACUGCUCCAAGCGCUGCACAUCAUCCUGCUUCGGAUGUAAGGUUCCACUGUGCGUGUUUACUUGCUUCCAUCCGUUCCACACGCGCGAUCCCAACGGAGCUGGAGAACCAGAUCCGGUACCAUAAAUAUUAUCACAGGCAUAGGCGUAGCCAGGUUUGGGGGUUCAAGCCCCCCCCGAAAAAUUACCUAGACAUUACAGAGCGUUAUUUUUCUAGUUAGCAUAGUACAUCCCCUGUUUGGCAAAGGUCUCUAUGAUUACCUAUACCUAUACAUUACUUUCUUGAACCCCUCCCGAUACUAAAACCUGGAUACGUCUAUGAUCACAGGUGUUCUCAUCUAGUCAACUAUUAUCCCAUCUAGUCAAAAAUUUAUAUUUUGUGUCAAAAAGUAUUUGGUAAGCUAUGCAUAUCUAUUAUAAUCUAUACUCCCUUCUUGAUACCAAUUUGUAUACGUUUUACGAAUCGAAUUCAGGUCGUGUUCAACAGUUUUUGAUAAUAAUCACUGGAUCGAUCAGAUCUCAGACUCAGUGUUCAUUAUAAUACCUAUUUAUAAAUAUUUAUUUUGGAUAAAUUUAUACACGAAGACUUGGUCUGACUGACUAAUGGAUUGAAGUGUAGUUUAAGAGAUGGAUGAAGUAAUGAGACUGCAAUCUUGAUAAGAUGUAGAUAGGAGCACUGUAGAGGAGAGUGACUGCCUCGUUGGCCGAGUGGUUGCAAGUGCGACUGCCGGGCCAGGGGUCUCGGGUUCGAUUCCCGGGUCGGGCGAAGUAUUGCUGGGCUUUUUCGGUUUUUCGAAAAUUUCUCAGUAGUAGCACGGAGUCUGGAAAUGUGCCCGGUAUAUGGCAAUAGGCUCACCACCUAUUAGGCAGUUGUCCCACCGGCAACGAUGAACGAGUAACGAGUAGAGCUAGAACUAGAAACGAGUGAAAACAAAAACAAACAA